AUGUCGGAGCUGAGGCACCGGGGAGGCUGUCCCGGCCCCGGGGGAUCAGUGGCACCGCCGCCCCGCGAAGGAGAGGCGGCUGGCGGCGACCAUGAAAUCGAGAGCACCAGCGACAAAGAAACAGAUCUUGAUGACAGAUGCGGAGAUUUGGAUUCCAGAACAGAUUCUGAUAUUCCGGAAAUUCCACCACCCACAGAUAGAACUCCUGAGAUCCUCAAGAAAGCCCUAUCUGGUUUAUCUUCAAGGUGGAAAAACUGGUGGAUUCGUGGAAUUCUUACUCUAACUAUGAUUUCAUUGUUUUUCCUGAUCAUCUACAUGGGCUCCUUUAUGCUGAUGCUUCUUGUUCUUGGCAUCCAAGUGAAGUGCUUCCAUGAAAUUAUCACCAUAGGUUAUAGAGUCUAUCGCUCUUAUGACCUGCCAUGGUUUAGAACACUAAGCUGGUACUUUCUGCUGUGUGUAAACUACUUUUUCUAUGGAGAGACUGUAGCGGAUUAUUUUGCUACAUUUGUUCAAAGAGAAGAGCAACUUCAAUUCCUUAUUCGCUACCAUAGAUUUAUAUCAUUUGCCCUCUAUCUAGCAGGUUUCUGCGUGUUUGUAUUGAGCUUGGUGAAGAAACAUUAUCGUCUGCAGUUUUAUAUGUUCGCAUGGACUCAUGUCACUUUACUGAUAACUGUUACUCAGUCACAUCUUGUCAUCCAAAAUCUGUUUGAAGGCAUGAUAUGGUUCCUUGUUCCAAUAUCAAGUGUUAUCUGCAAUGACAUAACUGCUUACCUUUUCGGAUUUUUCUUUGGAAGAACUCCAUUAAUUAAGGCUGCCUAUGUGUUAUCCAAAUACCAGUACUUUGUCUGUCCAGUGGAGUACCGAAGUGAUGUCAAUUCCUUCGUUACAGAAUGUGAACCGUCAGAACUUUUCCAGCUUCAGAGCUACUCACUUCCUCUCUUUCUACAGGCAGUGAUGAGCCAGGAAACAGUGAACUUGUAUCCUUUCCAGAUACACAGCAUUGCCCUUUCUUCAUUUGCAUCUUUAAUUGGUCCUUUUGGUGGCUUCUUUGCCAGUGGAUUCAAAAGAGCUUUCAAAAUCAAGGAUUUUGCAAACACCAUUCCUGGACAUGGAGGAAUAAUGGAUAGAUUUGAUUGUCAGUAUUUGAUGGCAACGUUUGUGCAUGUGUAUAUUACAAGUUUUAUAAGGGGUCCAAAUCCCAGCAAAGUGCUGCAGCAGCUGUUGGUGCUUCAACCAGAGCAGCAGUUAAAUAUAUAUAAAACCUUAAAGACUCAUCUCAUUGAGAAAGGAAUCCUACAGCCAACCCUGAAGGUAUAA